AUGGAAGUAGGGCCCGAAGACCCUUUGGCUCGAAGUACAGCAAGAUUAUCAAUUUCUGCCAUCGAUGUUGAAAAUGAAAACCCCAGACUCCAGGUGGCUGAGUUUCUCCGGGCUGAAAAUAAGUCAAGAAGAGAUUCCGCUAUUUCCUUGAAUUCAUUUGAAGAAGAUGAGCCAAAAAUGGGACCACCACCUAAAGGAGAUAAAAGAAGAAGGUCAUCUGCGCAAUCAUUCUCACUCCCUUCAAAUUCCAAAAUCGCUAAUACAGGGAAGAGCCCUAAGAAAGUCCACAAAAAGAAAUUGAAGAAAGCUACACUGGCACCUGAGUUGGAGUUCACUUCGGGUGCAACUUGGAAAAGGCUUCCUUUUAAACAGCUCCGUGAGCUUGUCUUAGGAGUUUUCACAAAGUCUAACAAUGUGCAAAAAAGGGAACGUUGGUAUGACAUUUCCAAUUCUGGAAACGUUACUUCAUUAGUUUUCUGUUUAGUACCAGGCUUACCUAGUCCCUCAAGUUCAGAAAAAGACGAGGAAGGCAAAUUUUAUGUUCCUAUAAAUGCGGCCAAUUUAGCGCCAGAGUUCGACUUCAUUCAAAACUUUGAUCAAAUGAUAAAAACACAAAGUCCUGGAUCUAAAGAUCUGACUUACCCACCACUUCAAACAAUUACGAACAUUCAAUUAACUAAAAAUGAGAAGAAAGAAAUUUUAGAAAGCCUGAAGGCAUCAAAAAUUACAAUCAAUGAUUUAUUAUUGAGUCCCGGUCAAUUGGCUCAGAAUAGAUAUCCAAUCGACAUAUCCAACCUCGAAGGAUGGGUAGAGACAAAAGAUUUCGAGCAUGAAGGCUCGCAUACUUUUGCAUUGGAUUGUGAAUUCUGUCAGGCUGCAAGUGGUAAAGUGUUAACAAGGAUCUCAUUAAUCAACUUCCAAGGUGAAGUACUUCUAGAUCAGUUUGUAAAACCAGAGGAAGAGAUAACAGAUUACUUGACCAAAUACUCAGGAAUUACAGAAGAGAAAUUGAAAGAUGUUACAACCACUUUAAAAGACGUUCAGAAAAUGGUUCUUGAAAUAGUAGCCAAGGGAGAUAUCCUCAUAGGUCACUCAUUGGAGUCAGAUCUUAAUGUCAUGAGAAUCAAACAUGAGAAAAUUUGUGAUACGUCAUUAGUAUACCAACAUAGCAAAGGUCCUCCGCUGAAACCAUCGCUUAGAUGGUUGUCCCAAAAGUAUCUUGCUAGAACUAUUCAGGCAGGAGAAGCAACUGGUAAUGGUCACUCAUCUGUAGAGGAUGCUCAAGCAUGCUUAGAUUUGGUGAAAUUAAAGAUCAUUGAAGGGUGGUGCUUCGGUUUGAAUGUGGGUGAGAUUUCAAUUUUUCAUAGACUUGCUAAGGAAGCCGAUAUUUACAAUAACGGAGAUGAUUUUAAGUCUUUAUGGAUUGAUUACAGCAACUAUAAAGAUCAAGAAUCGUAUAUCGAGCCCGCUGAGUACAACGUCAUUAAAUUGUACGCUAAUAACGAUGAUGAAGUGGUCAAAAACUACAAGGAGGCCCACGACAAGAAGAACUUCACGGUAUUGAGUUUAAAAGAAUUGGAGUACAACAAGGGGUUGUGUUCUGUACCUAGUCACUUCAAUGGGAAGAUAAUUCAAGACCCUACAGAGGAGCAGUUAUCAUCAUUGUACAAGGAAACUAAUCGCAGAUUGAAUGAGAUCUACCAGGAGUUACCAGAGAAUUCAAUUAUGAUUAUCAACUCUACUGUUGGUGAUCCAAGAGAGAUGUACCGUUUGCAAGAAGUUAAGAGAGUGUUCCAAAAAAAGGAAAGAGAAGGUGAGGAUUUGAAGGCAUUGCCCAAGGAAGAUGUGUGGGAUAUUGACAAGCAACAGGCGUUGCUUGAGGCUACUGAAAAGGCGAAGAAGGCUAUAUCCUUCAUUGGGAUUAAGAAAUUAAGUAAAACUAAUCCCGUUGUAUAA